GAAAGAAAGAAAGAUUGUUGAGUUACCUCUGAAUCAGAUUUUGCUAUACCUAAAUAGAUACUGAAUCAAAACUGUCUGAUCCAUACAUACACAUAAUUAAUUAAAUUAUCUAAAUCUCACUAUUUGUAAAAAUUUGGGUUUUUGUUUUAUAAUUCUUUAGUACACAUAUAUAUAGAAUAUAGAUAUAGAUAGAUAUAAAUUGUGUUUGUAUAAUAAUUAAUCUUAGAAAGAAAAUUUGAAUGAUGGCGGAUCAAAUGUUGGAAGGAAGCCAACCGGUUGAUUUAGAAAAGCAUCCAUCUGGAAUUGUGCCUACCCUUCAAAAUAUAGUAUCUACUGUUAAUCUGGAAUGCAAAUUGGACUUGAAGUCUAUCGCUUUACAAGCUCGAAAUGCUGAAUAUAAUCCAAAGCGUUUCGCUGCUGUUAUAAUGAGGAUAAGAGAGCCGAAAACUACAGCAUUGAUUUUCGCUUCUGGGAAGAUGGUUUGUACAGGAGCCAAGAGUGAAGAACAAUCAAGACAUGCGGCACGGAAGUAUGCUCGAAUUAUACAGAAACUUGGCAAUGCAGCAAAAUUUAAGGAUUUCAAGAUCCAAAACAUAGUUGCAUCUUGUGAUGUCAAAUUUCCAAUUAGACUUGAAGGACUUGCAUAUUCUCAUGGCGCUUUCUCAAGUUAUGAGCCGGAACUAUUCCCAGGACUGAUUUACCGGAUGAAACAACCUAAAAUUGUGUUGCUCAUCUUUGUCUCUGGGAAAAUUGUUCUUACUGGGGCUAAGGUAAGAGAAGAAACAUAUACUGCCUUCGAGAAUAUAUACCCUGUGCUAACUGAGUUCAGAAAGAAUCAACAGUGGUAAUUACAUCAUCAGAAAGAUCAAUUAUCCUAACACAAACAGCAAAGAUGGAAGGGAAAGUAAUAGAUGAUGAAAUGAUACAUUUUUUACCCACCAACGUUCAUUUGACCAACUUUUGUCAAACACCAUGUUUUAUGCAUUUACAAAUCGGCAUUUUAAUGCUAUUGAUGUUUUGCGAGAGUAGUGUUAUUCUUUGUUCCAUCUAAACCUUAAAAUAUAUAUAUAUAUAUAGGGUAACAUUCCGGUGAGAACACUUUUAUAUCUUUAUAUCAGAAAUUUUACGGAAUUUUGAAAUCGAACCCAUUUGUUUCUCAGGUUUUGCUGUAUCUAAGUGUAGAACAUUGAA